GUGGAUGUCUUGAACGACAUUGGCACGCGCACGGGCAUCAAGCCGUUCUACAUUGCUUUUGUGCUGGCCCCGCUGGCAUCCAACGCCAGUGAACUGAUUGCAGCCUUCAACUAUGCACAAAAGAAGACGGAAAAGACCAUGGCCAUCUCGUUGGCCACCCUGGAGGGCGCGGCCAUCAUGAACAACACCUUUUGCUUGGGCAUUUUCCUUGUUCUCGUGUAUUGCAAAAACUUGGCCUGGCAAUUCUCUGCCGAAACCAUUUCCAUUCUUCUCAUUCAGGUCGCGAUGGUCGGUAUGGCCAUGAAGCGCAUCCACACGCUGCUGGAUGCUUGUAUUAUCAUGUCCUUUUAUCCACUCUCCCUGCUCGUGGUGGCACUUCUUGAAGGACCUGGCAACAUUGACUAG